UGCAAUAUCUGAUCAGAUAAGAUUCAUCGGUCCGGGUUGAUUUGUGACCACAUUGUCGCUCCUGCACUAGGAGUACGUUCUUCCGAGCAGUCGCAUUUCUUCAGCAUGAUCUUUCCAAAUACGUUUUGUUCUCCACCUCUACCACCAUGUCCUCCCUUUUAGAUGACUACUCUUUUCAACCAUUACCGGACUUGGGAACUGGGUCAAGGCAUCCUCCAGAGGGUCAGGAAUGCGUGGAGUUGUCAUUCGACACGAGGAAUGUUACGGAACCCCUUCUAAGAGCUUCCUUCUCCAAGGUCAUAUUGCUGUACCUCGACUCUACAGACUUCGUGUUUGCCAAUGGUGUGCGGCCACGAGUACCAUUCCGCUCCAAGUUGCCAGGAGAGUUAGAACCUUCGGCAUCCUUCGAAGCUUUCGCGAGAGACUUGGAAGACCAGGUCUGGUCUGGGAGCGGUGUUGAUGAAGACGAACUUGCUUCGAAGUGGGGGUUGAAAGCGGGUCGAGACCCAUUUCCAGUCGUAUUUUAUUGGGAUCCUUCCUCACCAGAGGUAUCGACCUCAACUCCGCUCUUUCUCCGCGCCAAUCCGACUACCGGCAGGUUGUUUCUGUGGUACUCGACUACUAUCCUAUCGCAAGUCUCUGCUGAUAUACUCUUGCGACAAGUAUAUCAGACAUGUAUCUUCGUUUCCUCGGUCGAAGCCUCCUCUGUGGCCGUAACCGCUCCCUUGUCUCUCCCAAGAAGCCUUAUGUCGGCUUAUGAGCCACCCUACGACGACUCAAGGACCGUUCUUACCUUAUCGUGGCUCUCGAAGAACGCUCGGGAACGUCCUGAUGCGAUAGCACACGAAGUUUACAUAACACAUGGAUUGGACCAUCCUCCCGACACUAUCACAUAUAAAGAGUUGAAUGAAAGGAGUAACAAGUUAGCCAGAUGGCUAAUUCGACACAAGAAACUUCAUGUAGGGAGGGAAGACAGGAUUGCUGUGUGUAGGAGUAGGGACGUCCAUUUCUACGUUGCCCAUGCGGGAAUAUGGAAAGCUGGUGGAUGUUAUGUUUCCAUUGAUCCGGAUCUCCCUAUCGAGCGCAAGAGAUACAUCGCAACCGACAGUAAUGCUCUCCUGGUUAUCACAACCCCUGAACAAGCUUCCAUCUUCGGUGACCGUGCGGUGGUGCUUGAUGAUCCCGGAGUGCAGAGCAUGAUCGAAGAAGAAACUGACACGUCCGAUAUCUGUCAUGCCGAGCUCGAUAAGUUGGCGUAUCUGUUGUAUACAUCUGGAACGACUGGAACACCAAAGGGAUGUCUUCUCAAUCAUCGUGGGCUCUACUGGGCCAUCGAAGCGAUGUCUGUUUUCCCUGCAAAGGUGACGAACGCCGACACGGAUAAGAGACUUGCUCUGGCUUCGAUUGCGUUUGAUGUUCACAUAUCCGAGAUCACCCAGUCAUGGCGUCUGGGCAUUCGCCUUGUUAGUGGACAGCGAUACGAAUUAUUAGCCGACUUGAAGGGCGUCAUCAAGGGACUAGGAAUAACGCACCUCGGAAUGGUGCCGAGCAUGAUUGAGGCUACGUUAACUGGCGAGGAAGAGAAGCUGAAGUAUUUGGUCAGUGGAGGCGAAAAAAUGAGCGACUCGCUGCUAAAGAAAUGGGCUAACCACCCGAGAGUAAUAUUAGCCAACUUCUACGGACCCACAGAAGCCACCGUAGGCUGUACAUCUCGACGGGUUUCUCCUAACGACCGGAAAGAAAAUAUCGGAAGGCCGUUUGAAUCCUGCCAUGCUUAUGUCGUCGAUCCCAAACAUGAUCUAAAGCUGGUUCCUCGAGGAACUCCUGGUGAGCUGCUCGUCUGUGGGCCCUUGAUCGGAGUGGGAUACAUCGGGUUACCAGAAGUCACGAAGAAGGUGUUCAUCGAAUAUGAGGGGAAACGGGGCUACAGGACCGGUGACCUUGUCAGAAUGAUGCCUGAUGGUAGCUUGGAAAUUAUGGGUCGAAUCGACACGCAAAUCAAAUUACGAGGAGUUCGUAUUGAAGCGGAAGGCAUCUCCAAUGUCCUCCGUUCUGCUGUCGACGCCGAAGUGGAUGCUGCGACAAUGAUAGCUACGCACCCGGAGAUUUCGGCGGCGUCGAGUGAAUUGUUAGUCUCGUUUGUGGCUAUUCAUGAUUCAUCGAUCACCUUCCAGCGACGACGAACGGAGGUCCCACCCGUGAUUUUGACGGAUGAGAUGAAGGUGAAUGUGAAGAAGAUGAGAGACAAAUCGGAAAAAGAGUUAGCGGUGUAUAUGAGACCGAGUUACAUCAUUCCGUUGGGUUGGCUUCCGUUGAGCUUGAACGGAAAGGUUGAGAGCAAGGUGCUCAAGACUCUGUUUAGGGAGAUGGGAAUGAAGCAGUUGCUGGAAAUUGAAGGGUCAGGAGGUGGUCUAGAUAAGGGAGUUGAAGAGAGGGCUGCAACGGAAACGGAGCUUCGCAUCAUGGACAUAAUCCGAAGAGUUACCAGCGAUGACAAAACCGGACUUCAUCAUCGAACAAAUCUAUUCGAGUGUGGCUUCGAUUCGUUGAAAUUCGCUGCUUUGGCGGGAGAGCUUAGGAAAGAGUUUGCGAUUAGAGUGGAUGCCGCUGGAGUGAUGGAGAAGCCUGUUGUUCAGGACAUUAGUCGACUUGUCCUGAACCUGGACCAAGCUCAAGAACGAAGCGGCAAGGACAGACGUCUCGUAGAUGAAGAGAUGGAGGUCACGGCGAAGUCUGUGUUUGCACCCAGCGAUAUCGAGGUCGUUUUGCCUUUGUUCCCAGUUCAAGGAGGCAUACUAUUUAGGACGAUACAGGACCCGCAAUCUUAUGUUCAGCACUUCAUGUAUCGAUGCAUGGAAGGUGUGGAUGCACAGCGAGUGAAGAAGAGCUGGCAAGCAGUUAUGAGAAGACAACAAAUCCUCAGAACGGUGUUUGUCUCAGACGAUACUGGUGCUCUGAUACAAGUUGUGCUGAGGGAAGGAGCAGUCGAUAUUCCCUGGCGUCUAAUGCAUGUCCAAUUCGAUGAAGAUUUCGAGGAAUGGUUUUCGAAGGAGGAAGCACUCAGUGUAUCAACUCAAGUCAACGAGGACUUGACGACGCCGUUGUGGGCCAUUAAUAUGUACGAGGUGGACUCAAUAGGCGCUCAAAGCCUAUAUAUGGUUUUCUCUAUCAACCAUGCCCUCUAUGAUGGAAAUGCCAUGCCGCUUCUUGCCAAAGAGUUUCGGGCCAUGUAUCUUUCGACAUCUUUACCAGAACCCGUGCCAUUAUCAGCCGUGUUGUCGGUAAUUCCUCCCCCGGACGAUUCCCGUACGAAGCAAUUCUUCCUCGAUCACUUUGCGGCUUUGAAAGAGAGUAGGAUCAGUAACUCCUCACGCGAUGUUGUGGGAGAGGCGAAGGCAAUAUGGAGGACCUAUCAGCUGGAAGGUGUCUCUUUGAGCGACGUGAAGGAAAAAUGCAGCCGGCAUUGGCAUGUCACACUUCAGGCGUUCUGGACCGUGGGGUUUGCAGUCGCAGGAAGGGAGUUGUUUGGAUGGAGUUCGAAGGAGGCUGUAUUUGGUGUCGUAAGAUCCGGUCGGUCCCUACCUUUGGAGAGCGUUGGAGAUGCCAUUUGUCCUCUUGUCACUGUUGUGCCCACUUGCCUGGCGUUUGACGAUCCGAAUAAGAUGCUCAGAGAAGCGCAGACGUUUGUCAGAGAAAGCUCAAAAUUCGAACACGCCUCUCUAGGACAGGUACAGAUGUGGCUUGGUGUCAGAAAUCUCGUAGAAGUUCUACUCUCGUGUCGGUUUGACGAUGGCCCUAAAACGAAAGAGGUUGUUGAACACAUCGCUUCAAGUCGGUCUGUCCCUGAGUUCUACUUCAAUAUCGAAAUAGUGAUGAACCCCUCAGCAGAUUCGGUUGAAGCAAGACUGUCCUAUAUGCAACCCAAACUGUCCCAGGAGGCUGUUCAUCUGUUUCUUCACAAGUUUGAAGAGUGUGUUGAAAGCUUGGUGUCGGAACAUGGACAUGGACUUCAGUUCAGCAGCGAUGCGGCCACGGGCUCUGAUGGGAAAAGUUCUGAUGAUGUUCCUCAGCGAGUCGUGAAUCACAAGCUCGAAGCACUCUUAACCAGGGUCAUCGCCGAGUUCCUUCAGGUGGAUCAAUCAACAGUCCAUCCGACCACAUCCUUGACCUCCUUGGGACUUAGUUCAAUCAGAGCAGUAUCAUUGGCGCGAAGGCUUUCCGAAGAGGGGCUCAGAGUCUCCGCAGUAGAUAUCAUCCAGGGUGAUAUUAUUCGAGUCAUUGCGCAACGUGCCGUCGACGUUUCUGUUACUGCUGUCGAUCAUGAGUCUGGUGAUGAUCAUCGAAAGGCUGAAGAGUGGUUGGCUUCCCUCAAGGACCAAUUAGCUACUGAUUUGGACUUGUCCAGGGUGAAGCUCGCUGAGCAUGAUAUCUUAACCAUGUCAGGAUGCACGGCCCUUCAAACCGGGAUGCUUUCACAGACUUUAAAUUCUGGGGGUAAAUUAUAUGUUCACGCCUUCACUUGCCGGUUACUACCUGGCUGUGACGUGGAUCGCUUACGGGCAGCAUGGGAACACGCCGUCCAUGACCUCGACAUUCUCCGCACUUCGUUCCACUUUGCACCCAAUGUCGGGCUUUGGGCGCAAGUCGUACAUUCCGUCAGCGAUUUCAAGUGGGUAUCUCGGUCACUCGAUUCCAAUUCCUCCAUCUCCUCUACCACGAGCGACUUCAUUUCAUCUUUGUCUUUCAAAGAUGAAGAUGCAUUAAGCCGUCCUCCUGUACACUUCCUUCAUGUCUCGAAAUAUGUCGUCGUAGUGCUGCAUCAUGCCCUCUAUGACGGGAUAGCGAUUCCGAAGCUGUUCCGUAGAGUCCGCCAGGCAUACUACCACUACCGCGAUAAUAAACCUGUACCCAGGCCAGCUGUCCCGUUUCUGCCUACCGCAGAUGCCAUCUUACUUCAAGAAAAAAGAGGGACGAGAUAUUGGACGUCGAAACUAGAUGGCGUUAAGGCCUGUGUUUUCCCGCGGGAAGUCGGUAGGACAAGAUCAUCAGAAGACGCGUGGAGGGCAUCUAUCGUUCUGAAUCCGUCCGCAGAUGACAUUCGCCGCUUUGCUCGUCGGUACCAUGUCCACCCUCAGUGCUUAGGGCAGCUUGCUUGGGCGAAGGUUUUGGCCAGGAAAGUAGGAUCGCCCGAUGUGGUAUUCGGACAAGUCAUUUCAGGAAGAACACUUCCUGAUGCGGAUAGUGUUAUAGGUCCUGUCUUUAACACCAUAUCAUGCAGGGUGACGUUUGUCGUUGGAGAGACUAACAGGCGGUUGAUACGAAUGAUACACGAAUGGAAUACUUCAGGUGUCGCAUGGCAGCAUGCUUCACUUAGGUUGAUCCAACGCCAGCUCGGAACGCCGAAACUGUUCGAUACGCUGUUUUUAUAUCAACCGUACUCUGAACCUUCAGCUGAUGAUGAUGAAAUAUGGGAGACUUUGGAACGAGGAGAUAUGCAGGAGGGUAAAACUCAGUAUGCUAUAAAUGUCGAGUUGCACGAAGGGGUAGACACUUUCAGCGUCUUUGCAUCUUGUGCGUCCGACGUUGCCACCCAUGAGGGGCUAAUUGCGCUGCUGAACGAACUGAGCGACGAGUUCACACAACUCGUAAAGGCACCAAAUGCCCCAAUUGCCAACAACGACAACCUCGCCAACAAUCAAUCCGCACCCGAUACACCGACGACAAAAGUUCAGGAUAUAGAGGACAUGAGUUCGUGGACGGACAAGCAACGUCAGUUGCGGAAGAUUCUUGUAGAUUUCGUGGGGUUACCUCCAGAGGCAGUCUCACCAACGACCUCCCUUGUUUCUAUCGGUAUUGAUUCUAUUUGUGCUAUUCAAGUCGCUUCGCUUGCUCGGCGUGCUGGACUCGUCAUCUCUGCGACCCAAGUUGCCCAGAGCAACACGGUUCAUGAUCUCGUUUCGGUUCUUUCGAUCCCUCCUCAAGGUGGACAGGAUCCACGUGUCACUGUUACAUUACCCGAAGCCAUCGUUUCACGUGUGCGCAGUUCGUUACCUGAAGAACUUGGGGCUCGGAUCGAGCAGAUACUUCCUGCUAGCUCCGGAAUGAUCUACUACAUGUCAACCGAGCAGGCCGCGGCGAACGCUUUCGUUUUCCGGACGGUGCGUAAUCAAGAAGAUCCGGGCAUGGUUUCGCGACGUGUUCGUGACGCGUGGAGGGAUGUAGUUCGUAAACACGGCAUCUUGCGGUCGUUCAUGCGGGAAACAGGCGAGUCAGAGUUUAGAAUGGUGCUUUGUGUCUUGAAGGGAACGUCGUAUGAAUGUGAGUGGACGGAAAUGAGGAUUGAUUUGACUUCCCAGGAUGAAGUAGGGGCAGUGAGGGAGCAGGCGAGGGCAUUGAUGUCCAUGUCUGGGUUUUCGAUCGGGCCACCAACGCGACUGGCCUUACUUCAUGGAGAGACCUCGAGCUAUUUGAUCUUGGGUUUGCAUCAUGCACAGUACGAUGCCUGGAGUCUCCCCCUUGUGAUGAAAGACUUCGAGUCUUUCUAUACCGGGAAACACGGUACAGCUGUCGUUGGCGAUAUCGAACCUUUCAUGGAGGUGUUUCUUCGUGAUUCGAAGAUCCUGGAUGAACAGAAAAGCUACUGGGAACGUGUGUUUCGUCCCGGAUUUGAGGCUCGCCUUUUUCCAGAAUUGAAUAUGAAGAGGAGAGAUUUAUCGAUUUCGGGCUUUCUUGGCUGUUUGCGACAGCCACCACAGGAAAUCCCGGCUUACACCUUCGUGAAUAGAACCGGACUUGUACAGUCGCUCGAUGCUGUCCAGUCGAAGGCAAAGUCACGAAAUCUUUCCCUUCAGUCCAUUUUAUUAGCAAGUUGGAGCAUCAUUCAGGCCAGACGGACUUUAUGUAAAUCAGCGACUUUCCUUCUUUGUCAAGCUGGACGUUCAGGGGUUGUACCAGACGUGGAUAUUCUAGCGGCUCCAACAGUGAAUUACAUCCCAACACUCGUGGAUACUAAGGAUGGGAAUAUUGUGGAGAUUGCGAAACAGAUACAGGAUGAGCUGGGGAGACGGUCUCCAGUCGUUGAGCAGAGCCGUGUGGCGGAUAUUGUGCGGUGGGUGGGGAAGGCGGGGAAGCCUCUUACGAAUAUAUCUGUGAAUGUUCUCAGACUGCCUGACCCGGCAGAGGGGAGGUCGUCGUCGAGAGUAUUUCAGCCAGUCAAGAUUCCCUAUGCACCAAGAAUCGACAGGUUCGGACGAUUUGAUAAACCUAUUUUCCCCGAAAUCAAGCACGACUGCCAAGUCGAAAUGUAUUUCCAUCCGUCGACCAAUUCGAUUGGGAUGUCCAUCGAGUGCAGGGCUGAGCUCUUGAGUGAGAAACAAGCUAGCGGGAUAUGUAGGGAUUGGUGUCGAUUGGUAGAUGAGUUUAGGAAAUCGUGAAUAAGUCUCCAUGUAUAUAAGCAAUGUCAAUUUUUUUUUUGUUUCUGUAAACGAC